CCGAGCCACGGAGGGGGCGCAUCGCAACGCGGGAACAGCCCUGGCCGGCAUCAUGCGCCUCCCGCCGGGGAAGACCCUCCAGCUACCGCCUCGCCUUUACCUGGCCGCCGCUUGUUACCUGCUGGUGCUGCAGGUGGACGCCUAUUUCGGCUUGACUGGGAAAGAAGCCUUAACUCAGUUUCCUCUGCUGGGGACUUCAACAAACGCUGCCCAUUGGAAGGCUCAUUUGAAGCAAUGUGACCUGCUCCGGCUUUCCCGGAAGCAGAAAAGGCUCUGCAGGCGAGAACCAGGGCUGGCGGAGACCUUGCGAGAUGCCAUCCGACUCGGAGUCCUUGAGUGCCAGUAUCAGUUUCGCAAUGAGCGCUGGAACUGCAGCCUGGAUGGGAGGGCAGAUCUCCUAAAGCGAGGUUUCAAAGAAACAGCUUUUCUGUAUGCUGUGUCUUCCGCAGCCCUGACUCAUUCCCUUGCUCGGGCAUGCAGCGCAGGACGGAUGGAGCGCUGCACCUGUGACGACUCACCAGACUUGGAAAACCGCAAGGCCUGGCAGUGGGGAGUGUGCGGAGAUAACCUCAAGUACAGUACGAGGUUCCUGAAGAAUUUUCUGGGCCAAAAAAAGGUUGGGAAAGACCUGCGGGCCAAGGUGGACAUCCACAAUACGAAUGUGGGCAUCAAGGCUGUGAAAAAUGGCCUCAAGACCACUUGUAAGUGCCAUGGGGUCUCCGGCUCGUGUGCUGUGAGAACUUGCUGGAAACAGUUGUCCCCUUUCCAUGAGACUGGGAAACUCCUCAAGUUACGCUAUGAUGGUGCUGUCAAGGUCUUCAGUGCCACCAAUGAUGCUAUGGGCCAUUCAGAACUGGUGAGCCCCCAGCACCAUGGCCAUUUGGCCAAAGGCCCAUCCCAUCCCCGUCCCACUGACCUGGUUUACAUGGAGGACUCUCCCAGUUUCUGCCGGCCCAGCAGGUAUUCAGUGGGCACUGCAGGAAGGACGUGUUCCCGUGAGGCCAACUGUGACAGUAUGUGCUGUGGCCGGGGCUACAACAUCCAGACACGCAUGGUGACCUUCUCCUGCCAUUGCCAGGUGCAGUGGUGCUGCUAUGUUGAAUGUCAACAGUGCAUGCAGGAAGAGGUGGUUUACACCUGCAAGCAGUAAGGAAUCGACACUGGCAUCUGGAGGAAGAGAACUACACUUUGCUUGGACUCCUUUAAUACUUUGGUUUCCCUGCCAUGCCAGGAAUGAAAAAGAAGCUGCAGGGAAAUUGUCAUUGGCAACAAUUCUGCAGCACUGAAGACUACUCUUCCUUGAAUUAGCUGGAUGGAGAGAUGGACUCCAGGUCUGGCUGUACUUCUGAAAGAUGAAAGCUUCUAGAGAGUGAAGGACCUUUGCUCCAAAGAGAUAUAAAGAGUUGCCUUAUACAUUGUUAAGCCAUUGGAUUGUGUAACCUGGGACUGUAAUUGGGACAAUUGUCUAAAAUUUCAGACAGAUAUUCUUUUUGGCCUUGAAUCCUUCUGAAAUGUAGAGGCUAGGGUCUGAACUUGGGAUGUCUUAUCUAUGACAAGCCACUGCUUCACCACCAUUUUUUUAAAAAAAAGAGCAGGU